GCAAGCAGUCCGCUCGAUUAUGGACGGCUCAUUCGGUUUUCCAUCCACUCAGCAGUGGCCUACCGGAGGGCUCUUUGAGUCACCAGAGGUCCAGGCCGCCCGUUCUCAGGCCUUUGAGUCACUGCAACGCCUGUCGAACCAGCUUCGUGAUGCCUCUCAUCACGUCGAAGCCCUUAGCCGCGCCAUCUCUCGUCCCAACUUGCCCAACGGAUCACCCAUGGCCGCUGGUGCAUCGUCAAAGAGCGCGCCUGCCAACCAAGACAGCGAUGACGGCCUCUCGCCAGCUGAAAAGAAGAAGAUGAGCAAGCGCGCUAAGAAGAUGGCUCGCAAAGCAGCCGACCCUAAUGCGCCCAAGCGCCCGCCCUCUGCCUAUCUAGUCUUCCAGAACGAAGUGCGAGGCGACAUGCGCAAGAGGCACCCUGACCUGCCUUACGGCGAGCUCCUGGGCAAGGUAUCCGAGGCUUGGAAGGCUCUGCCAGAGGCGGACAAGAAGAUUUACCAGGACAACACCGACGAGGAGAUGAGGAAGUGGAAGGAGGAGAAGGAAACCCGAGAGGGCAAUGCUGGUGCAGCGGCAGCGGGCGGUGAAGCCGAUGAGCUUGCGGACGAAGACAAUGACGACGAAGAGGCUGGUGAUGCCACGACGGCCGAGGCGCAGCUUUUGGCAGAUGCGGUGAGCAAAGAGAAGACAAAGAAGAAGCCCGGUCGCAAGUCAAAGGCGACUCUCGAGGCUGAGCAAGCGUCACCCGCUACGCCUGCUAAAGCAGCUGCCGCAGCCGCAGAUGAGUCGACGGUCUCUGCGAGUGGUAAAAAGAGGAAAGGAGAGGCGGACAAGGACAAGAAGAAGAAGUCAAAGAAGUGAGGGCCGACCUCUGAAUGGCAAUUGUCCGGCUUCGUUACCCGUGCGACGUUCUCCGCUGUCUGUACAUUCAUCCGCCUUUGUACAUUCUUUGAACCUUCUUUGCGAUGAGCGUCGCUGCUGUUUCUCACGCAAUCAACGCUUCGAGACUCUUGAUGACGAAUUCAACGUUUGCAUGUCAUUACUUUG